GCUGAAAAAUUGUAGAAAUGUCGAGGAGGGAUGUUACUGAUACAGUCGGAACUGUUGGAGAAGAUGAUGAUGAAGGUGAACUGGAGUUGGCUGCUAUUGAGAGGAUAGAAGCACAACAAAAUACAACUGAACGUGUUUCUAAGCUUGGAGCUUUAGAAAGGCAUGCAUUUAUCGACAGACUUUUGAAGAAAAUUGAGGAAGAUAAUCACCGGUUGUUAUUGAAGCAGAGACAGAGAAUUGACAGAGUGGGUCUGGAGAUUCCUACUGUGGAAGUAAGGUAUAAGAAUGUAUGCAUAGAAGCAGAAUGUGAUGUAGUUCAAGGAGAGCCCCUCCCUACUCUGUGGAACACACUGAAAAGGAUUACAUUUGGUAUCACAAGAUUUCAAGGGCACACAACUCAUACAACCAAGAUUAAAAUUCUGCAGGAUGUCAGUGGAAUUAUCAGGCCCUCAAGGAUGACACUAUUACUAGGGCCUCCGGGCUGUGGAAAAACCACUCUACUGUUGGCACUCUCUGGAACAAUCGACAAGAAUCUUGAGGUCAGCGGAGAGAUCUCUUACAAUGGAUACAAGUUGAAUGAGUUCAUUCCUCACAAGACAGCAGCUUAUGUUAGCCAAUAUGACCAGCACAUUUCUGAAAUGACAGUCAGGGAAACUCUUGAUUUUGCAGCAAGAUGUCUGGGCAUUGGAAGCAGAGCAGAAACUAUGGCAGAAGUCGUCAGAAGAGAGAAACAAGUUGGUAUUAUACCUGAUCCAGAUAUUGACACCUACAUGAAGGAAACUGCCAUCAAUGGAUUAAAAAGGACUCUGCAGACGGACUAUAUACUAAAGAUACUUGGACUGGAAAUUUGCGCUGAUACGAUUGUAGGAAAUGCAAUGAGAAGAGGAAUAUCAGGUGGACAAAAGAAGAGGCUGACAACAGGGGAGAUGAUAAUUGGCCCAUCAAAGGUUCUCUUCAUGGAUGAAAUCUCCAAUGGCUUAGAUAGUUCAAGCACCUUUCAGAUUGUUAAAUGUCUCCAGCAGUUGACACACAUAACAGAAUCAACCACUUUGAUUUCACUUCUUCAGCCAGCACCAGAGACAUUUGAUUUGUUUGAUGACAUUAUCUUGAUGUCUGAAGGACAGACUGCAUACCAUGGGCCUCGUGAUAAUGUUAUACAGUUCUUCGAGAACUGUGGUUUCAGAUGUCCAGCAAGGAAAGGCGUUGCUGACUUCCUGCAAGAAGUUAUAUCUGAGAAGGAUCAAGCACAAUAUUGGCACCCUAAUAAUCAACCUAUCUAUGUCAGUGUGAAAGAGUUCGCUAGAAAAUUUAAGGAAUCCAGUUUAGGACAGAAAUCGCACGAAGAUCUCUCUCAGAAUAUUGAAAAGGAUGUGAUCCGUGAUGCUGCUUUGACAUUCCACACCAAUUCCACAAGGAAAUGGGAAAUAUUCCAGGCAUGCAUGGCUAGAGAAUGGGUCCUCAUGAAGCGUAACUCAUUUGUUCAUGCAUUUAAAUCUGCACAGCUGGUGGUUUCUGCACUUAUAACAAUGACGGUCUUCCUACGUACACAGACUAGCAUUAGUAUUGUCGACGCCAAUUACUUCCUAGCGUCUCUGUUCUAUUCACUUAUUAGAUUCAACAGUAAUGCAAUACCAGAGUUGUCCAUGACUGUUUCCAGACUUUCCAUCUUCUACAAGCAAAGAGAUUUCAACUUCUACCCGGCAUGGGCUUAUUCCAUUCCUGCCGUCAUUCUAAAGAUCCCAUUUUCAUUUCUAGAUGCAUUUCUUUGGACAGGGCUUACCUACUAUGUCAUAGGUUACAGUCCUGAACCAGAAAGGUUUUUUCACCAGCUACUACUCCUUGCUUUUGUGAAUCAAGUGUCUACAUCAUUAUUUCGCCUGAUAGCUUCGAUCUUUACUGAUCAGUCUGUUGCAACCUUCUGCGGUCUCUUCACCGUAUUAGUGAUGUUUCUAUUUUGUGGCUUUAUAAUUCCACAACCCUCUUUGCCAUCUUGGUUAAAAUGGGGAUUCUGGCUUUCUCCUUUUACAUAUGCAGAGAUUGGAAUUUCUGUGAACGAAUUUCUUUCUCCAAGGUGGCAAAAGGACUUAUCUCUAAAUGCUACAAUAGGGCAUCAAUUUUUGAAAAAUCAUGGAUUCGACUAUAGAGGAAGCUUUUAUUGGAUAUCAAUUGGUGCAUUAUUGGGAUUUUGGAUCAUUCUGAAUAUUGGAUUCACAUGUGCAUUAAAAUUUUCAAAGGCUCCAAGAAGAUCUCAGACUGUCAUUUCACUUAAAAGACUCUCCAAACUUCAAGCAAAAGAAAACACACUCGAAGCAUCUCAAGAGAUUGAAUUGCCCAACGUGGCUACCUCCUACGCUCCUGCAGACAUAAAACAGAUGGGGAUGGUGUUGCCGUUCAAGCCAAUGACAAUAACAUUUGAGAAUGUGCAAUAUUUUGUUGAUACUCCAAAGAAAAUGAGAGAGAAAGGUUAUCAACAAAAGACGAUACAGCUUCUUCAUGAUAUUACAGGAUCAUUUCAGCCUGGAGUGCUGACAGCUCUGAUGGGUGUUACUGGAGCCGGAAAGACAACACUUUUGGAUGUUCUUUCUGGACGUAAAAAUAGUGGUAUCAUUGAAGGAGAUAUAAGAAUUGGAGGAUAUCCCAAGGUGCAGGAUACUUAUGCUAGAAUAUCUGGUUAUUGUGAGCAAACAGACAUCCAUUCUCCACAGAUUACAGUUAAUGAAUCACUGACGUACUCAGCUUGGCUACGUUUGCCACCUCAUAUUGAUGAUAGUACCAAAGCUGAAUUUGUUGUUGAGGUACUUCAAAUGAUUGAACUGGAAGAUAUUAAAGAUGCACUAGUUGGUGUUCCUGGUGUGAGUGGCUUAACAAAUGAACAAAGAAAACGGCUUACAAUAGCAGUAGAGCUUGUUUCCAACCCAUCUAUAAUAUUCAUGGAUGAACCGACUUCUGGUUUAGAUGCCAGAGCAGCUGCAAUAGUUAUGCGGGCAGUUAAGAAUAUUGCAAAUACGAAUAGAACAGUCGUCUGCACUAUCCAUCAACCAAGUAUUGACAUAUUUGAGGCUUUCGAUGAGCUUAUUCUAAUGAAGAGAGGAGGACAAAUAAUAUAUUCAGGAGAGUUGGGUCAGCAUUCAAGUAAACUAAUUGAAUAUUUUGAGAACAUUAAUGGAUUACCGAAAAUCCAGGAAAAUUACAACCCUGCAACUUGGAUGCUAGAGAUUACGAGUUCAUCUUCUGAAGAACAACUUGGAUUAAACUUUGUGCAAACUUAUGAGAACUCUCAUCUAUGUCGGCAAACCAAACAGCGGAUCAAAGAGUUGAGCUCCCCAGCACAAGGUUCAACAGAACUACAAUUUAGCACACGCUUUUCACAAACUCAAUGGGAACAGCUUAAAGCAUGCCUCUGGAAACAGAAUUUGUCCUAUUGGAGGAGUCCUAAAUACAAUUUGGUGCGGUUAGCUUUUAUCACAAUGGCAUCUGUGAUAUUAGCAGCAAUCCUAUGGCAAAAAGGAAAAGACAUAAACGGUGAACAGGAUCUGUUGAACAUACUAGGAUCGAUGUUCCUUUUCCUACAAUUUUUAGGAACAUACAACUGCACAUCAGUUCUGUCAAUUAUAGCUACUGAGCGCAAUGUUGUAUACAGAGAAAGGUUUGCUGGAAUGUAUUCUGCCUGGAUCUAUUCCUUUGCCCAGGUGAUCAUUGAAAUUCCUUAUGUAUUUCUUCAAGUAGGCAUAUUUGUAAUAAUCACAUAUCCAGCAGUCGGUUUCUAUUGGUCUGUAUACAAAGUACUUUGGUAUUUCUUCACAAUGUUCUGUACCAUGCUCUACUACACUUACCUUGGCAUGUUGCUCGUUUCAACAAGUGGUUCUCUUCAAGUGGCCUUCGUAAUGUCAAGCUUCAGUAACACAAUAAUGAGUCUCUUCUCAGGAUUCCUCAUACCAGAACCGAAAAUUCCAAAAUGGUGGAAUUGGUGCUACUGGAUUUGCCCAGGAUCCUGGUCCUUACGAGGCCUUCUUACGUCACAAUAUGGAGACGUUGAUAGGGAAAUAGUAGCAUUUGGAGAAAAAGAGGCCAUCAAUACCUUCUUAGGAAGUUAUUUUGGUUAUCAUAGUGCUGAUACAGGUGUUGUAGCAUUAGUUCUUAUAGCAUUUCCAUUAUUAUUUGCAUCUAUAUUUGCAUAUUCCAUGGCAAAACUGAACUUCCAAAGGAGGUAAAUGUAGAUUGUAUUUACUAGUGAAGUUAUAUAAACAUUAUUUCGAAGCAGGAAA